CAACGAUCUGAUGCAUGAUAGGAUGCCGAUUAUGGCUGGGUGAUUAGACUCCAUGUGACGCGCGCUGGUGACGCCUCCGUCUCGGACCAGUGGUCGCCGUUGAGGUUGCUGCUCACUCUUGCAUUCGCCAUGUCGCUGACGAAGCUGCUCUUUCGCCGUUCCACCACUUCUCGUGCUCGCUCGUCGCUGUCAUUGGUGUCCCGCGCGUUCUCUGACGUCCCUGAUGUUCUGCCUGAGCCCGUAUACUUCGAGGACAUUAGCACCGCCUCCUACCGCAUUCGCGAUGGCAUCCAGGAGACCCAGUGCGAGUACUCGCCGCUACUGUCGCAGCGUAUGGGGAUCGACUUGUACCUCAAGAAGGACCACCGACAAAUGACCGGAAGCUUCAAAGAACGUGGCGCCCGCAACGCUUUGCUGCAGUUGUCGGACGAGGAGAAGAAGAACGGUGUGGUAGCCGCCUCUGCUGGCAACCACGCGCAGGCAUUGGCCUACCACGGCCAGCUACUGGGAAUUCCGGUGACGUGUGUUAUGCCCAGGGUUGCUCCGCUCACCAAAAUUGCUCGCUGUCGUGAACUCGGAGCUCGCGUUGUGCUGCAUGGUGAACAUAUUUUGGAGGCUCGUGACAAGGCCGAGGACUUUGUGCGCGACGAGAACAUGGUGUACAUCAACGGAUUCGACCGUCCCGAGAUUAUUGCCGGUGCUGGAACUAUGGGAAUUGAGAUUUUGAACCAAGUGCCGGACGUUGAUGCCAUUGUGGUCCCUGUGGGCGGUGGUGGUUUGAUCGCUGGUAUCGCGCUCGCUGUCAAGACUCUUGCUCCGAACGUCCAAGUGAUCGGCGUGGAACCUGAGUAUUGCUCGAGUUAUUCGGCGGCGCUGGAGGCUGGCAGGCCCGUGAACAUGCCGACACAGCCAACUCUUGCCGAUGGUCUCGCUGUUCCGUGUGUUGGUGCGAAUGCGUUCGAGAUCGCCCGCAAAUACGUCGACAAGGUGGUGACUGUCUCGGAGCGUUCGAUUGCCCUAAGUGUGUUGCGUCUGGUUGAAAUGGAGAAGGUCGUUGUGGAAGGCGGAGGUGCUUCCUCGCUGGCUGCUCUGAUCGACGACAAGUUGCCGGAGCUCAAGGGCAAGCGCGUCGUGCUGCCUCUGACUGGCGGUAACAUCGAUACCCCUGUACUUGGCCGUGUCAUUGACCGUGGCCUGGCUGCUGAUGGACGUCUAGUGCGCUUCGUGGCCACCGUGAGCGACCGCCCCGGUGGUAUCGCCCAGCUCACCUGUUUCCUGCGCGACUUCGGUGUUAGUGUCAAGGAUAUUUACCACGAACGUGCCUGGGUGCACGCCAGUAUCUCUCACGUUGCAGUGAAGUGUGUCGUCGAGACGCAGUCCAGUGAACACGCUCUUGAGCUCAAGAAGCGCCUUGAAGAUAAUGGCUACCCUCUUAUCUGGGAGAGUUUCGCUGGUCAACAAACCCCCGCAGUCGAGCUCUAAACCGACCGACAUUAGGUACUUAAAACUUUUGUGCACCAUUCUAAGUAGAAUAUGGAUGAUUGUAAAUCGCUUUACCUGUUGU